AUGGCGCCCCUCUCGACCGUGUCCCGCGCCCUCGCGCGGUCUUCUCUGCGGCAGCUCCCGGCCGCGACGACGGGCACCACAACAACGGCACUCCGCACCAUGAGCUCAUCACCUGCCCUCCGCGACGCCGCUGCUUCCUCGUCAACCUUUGAGAGCCCGUUCAAGGGUGAGAGCAAGAGCACCAAAGUCCCCAACUUCUCAAAGUACCUCUCCAAGGGUUCCACCAGCUCCAAUGCGCUGUUUUCGUACUUUAUGGUGGGCACCCUCGGUGCCAUCUCCGCGGCGGGGGCGAAGUCGACUAUCCAGGAGUUUCUCGUCAACAUGUCCGCUUCGGCUGAUGUCUUGGCCAUGGCCAAGGUCGAGGUCGACCUCAAUGCCAUCCCCGAGGGCAAGAACGUCAUCAUCAAGUGGAGAGGCAAGCCCGUCUUCAUCCGCCACCGGACGCAGGCCGAGAUCGAGGAGGCCAACAGCGUCAACGUCGCCUCAUUAAGAGAUCCCCAAGCCGACGAGGACCGCGUCAAGAAGCCGGAAUGGCUCGUCAUGCUUGGCGUCUGCACACACUUGGGCUGCGUGCCCAUCGGCGAGGCGGGCGACUAUGGCGGCUGGUUCUGCCCAUGCCACGGUUCUCACUACGACAUCUCCGGCCGCAUCAGGAAAGGACCCGCCCCUCUUAACCUCGAGAUUCCCGAGUACGACUUCCCCGAGGAGGGCAAGCUAGUUGUGGGUUAA